CACCUGCUUUUUUUUUUCAUUCUUCUAAUUAAUGUAUAAAUUUAUUUAUUUAUAUACUAUUGUUCGUUACCUCUCUUUCCACCUCUACCUUACCCAGCACCAUGGUGAGCUUCAUGAGGGCACGAAUCCUAUUCUAUUUAUUCUGGUACUGAGUAGGUACUCAACCAAUUGUUGAAUGAGUGGAUGAAUGAAUGAAUGUUUCAGAGAGAAAGGAAUCUGGGGGGCAUGAAGUCUCUCUUACUCCAAGUCUUCCCAGAUUAACUUCACCCCCAUUUUCGUACAGCCUAUCUACUAUAGGUAAAACCUCCAUGCGGUAUAAAGUUUACUAGUUUAUUCAUUCUUGAAAGGUUCAAGUCAGUGGUGCCGGACAGGCUAAGUAGCCUUCUCAGAUGGCGAAUAAAGAAAAAUUGAAUUUAUUUAAGGAAAAGGUGUUGGUUGAUGGAGAUAUCCAAAGGGAAGUGGUACACAGCACUGAGCCAAAGGGUAUUGGGUCCAUGACGGCAGCAAAAAUACACUUAGGACAGUGAAACAAGGAAGGUCAUAAAAGAAGCAACAGGGAAGCUUAGCCUGGGCUGCUUGGACUCACUGAAAAGUCAGAGGAAAGGGGGCCUUGGAGACAGGGUCAGGAGGGUAGCCUGGGACGAGCUGCUGCUGUCCAUUGCUCUCCUGGUUGCAAGUCUCAUGGGCUCCCUUAGAGGUUAGGAGAUGCGUGCCUGUGGGGGAAGAAGAGAGGGAUAGGGGAGUGCCCACUGGGUCCUUUGUCCUGAGCAUUUAUCUCUCUCUCUUGCAGGUGGAAAUCUUAGGGGAGGUCUCAGGGAGGAUCUCAAUAGAAUAUUCAUCAGCUCUCCGGGUGUGCUCUUCAGGGUCGUGGUCUCCACUGUUUGGUCUGUGCCAGGGCAGGGCGUCAUUUCACAGUCAAUGAGCGGGUGCUGAGGUCAGCCCCAGCGUCACUUGUCUGGUUUUGCUACUUUUUUGGGCCUGGAGCUGAAAUACAACUGAAGCCUAGAUGUUGUGUUUAGGGAGGAAAAGGUCAGGGGUCUAAACUUCACGACCAAGGAUGUGUGAGGGGAAGAUGUUACCUUGGAGCAAGGCUCUUGUUUUGUCCCUUGUAAGGCAUUGGCUUUCUGUACUUGGGCCAUGGUCCUUGCUCUGCUCACAUCUGUCUAGCAGUUGUCAGCAUGGCUUUACUUGUAUAUCUGCACACCAUCUUACAUGUGCCUGUUGAUGUUUUAUAUGUGAAUCUUUUGUUCACUCUAGAGCAGGGGUCCUCAAACUUUUUAAACAGGGGGCCAGUUCACUAUCCCUCAGACCAUUGGAGGGCCGGACUAUAGUUUAAAAAAAAAAAACUAUGAACAAAUUCCUAUGCACACUGCACAUAUCUUAUUUUGAAGUAAAAAAACAAAACGGGAACAAAUACAAUAUUUGUAUUUGCAUGUGGCCCGCGGGCCAUAGUUUGAGGACCCCUGCUCUAGAGCUUGCAUAGGAGAAUUUGGCAUAAUGUUUAUGACAUCAUGAGGGGAUAAAAUCUGAUGAGUUUGAGUUCCAUCCUGUAAAGGCUAUUUCCUCUAUGAGCAGACUAUUUUUCCUGAAGAAAAGUCCAGGAGUUGUUUAAAAGCAUGAUAAAGCUGACCAUCAGGAAGGGACUGGGAGAAGAGCUACAGCAGAGCACAGAACUAAAAGUACCGUACCUUUUGCAGGGAGUGGCCACUUCAAAAUCUUCCCAACUAGCAGCUAUAUUCUUCUCUUAAUUUCAGUUUUUCUUAAGAUUACAAAUUUAAAACAUUCUGUUCUUGGUUAUUUUUCACAAACCUAUUGUCUUCAUGGAAACCCCCCAAUCCCUCAGAGGGAAAUUUUUCUUUUAAAAAAGACAGUACACUAUGUUCUUUUCUUUGAAAUAACUAUGGUGAGAGAAAUCCUUCCCUUUAAGUUGAAGCCAUGCUUUUAAAUUGCUUGAAGAUAGUUACAUAUGAAUCUUUAUAUAAAUUUCUAUCUCUCGCAUUUAAAACAAAAGAUGAAAGAAGGAAAUUUUCUCAUUAAUUAUUUAAAAUACUUGGUGCAACUGUUUCUUAUGAAUUAAUUAAGGCACUUGGAAGACAAUUACACUCAGCGUUAAUAACUUUGCCAACCUUUUCCAGUAUGCUGCACUCCAAAUACUAUUGUGCUUUCAUUGACAACAUUUACUAUUACAUAUGCAUAUGAAAAACAGGAAUUUUCAUCAGAAUUACCGUAAUAGCAUUAAGAGAUUAUUACUUUUUCCAAUUUCUUUGGAAGGAAAUUCACUUAAAUUAGAUUAUUUAUUACUUGACUGCUUUCCUAUCUUGCCUGUAUGUUUAGGUAACUGGAGUCCAUGAAAGUAUAAACUUCAGAAUAAAAGCAUGAUUUUAUGCAUUAAUGGUUUCAAAUAAAAGAGGAGUGCUAGUUUGUGCAUCACUUCUUUUGAGAAAGUUAAGUCUGUGUUCUGCUUAGGAGAGAUAACACAUUUUGUCCCUGUAGGUGGGCCCCCUGGCGUAGCCAUUAGUUGCUAAUUACUUUGCAAACAAAUAAACAAUUAACUCCUCAAGCUGCUGACCGGGUGUUCAUUGACUUGCUAAAACUUUCUAAGACAGGAUUUUAAUUAGUGACAUUCUAAAUCCAGCCCCCUUGUCAGCAGAGCCCUAACGUGACCUGCAGGAAGAUCACUGCCCUGUACGUGUGGGGCAGAGCCAGGCAAGAGGUGCACAGAGGCCAGAGCUGCCGACCUGUGCAGCCCACGGGAGGAUGUCUCCUAGCCUUCAGGAGGGCGCUCGGCUUGGGGAAAGCAAACCCUCGCCCUGCUCCUUUUCAAUUGAGAGCAUUUUAGGACUGGACCAGAAGAAAGACAGUGUUCCAUCCAUGAAACCCCACCGGCCUUGGGCAGACACCUGCAGCUCCUCAGAGAAAGAUGUUAACCUAUAUCUACAUGUCCCAAGCCUUCCAAAUGGGAUUUUAUUCUCUUGUACUGGUGAUCACCCAGUGCCAGAAGAAAGAGUUAUGAAAUAUGAAAGUUACUUUUCAACCUCAGAAAGACUAUCUUUGAAAAGAGAGUUGAGUUGGUAUAGAGGCAGAAGACCAAGAACUGCUUUUACUCAAAACCAGAUUGAAGUGUUGGAAAAUGUCUUCAGAGUAAACUGCUAUCCUGGCAUUGAUAUCAGAGAAGACUUAGCUCGAAAAUUGAAUCUAGAGGAAGACAGAAUCCAGAUAUGGUUCCAAAAUCGGCGUGCCAAACUGAGGAGGUCUCACAGAGAAUCACAGUUUCUAAUGGUGAAGAAAAACUUCAACACAAAUCUCUUGGAAUAGAUAGAAAACUAAACUUGUGAAGUUAUCUUCCAAUUGCAGAACACGAAGAACCAAUGGAAAUAUCAAGUUUUUUAAAUGUGAUGUUUUCUUUUCUGCAUUUAAUCUGAACAUUGUCACUGAAAAUAUAUUGUAAAUAAUUACUAUAUCAUGGUACCUGUUAUACUUGGGCACUUUUAAAUAUAGUAAAGGCCUUUUCUAUAUAUUUUAAUAAACAUUUUCAGAAACAGCCAGCUAUUUUUUUCAGUGAGCAAAUUUAAUGUAAUAAAUUAGUUUGCUAAAAUCAGUAAACUCGUGACUAAGUGGCUCCACAAACUGUAUUCUGUACAUUUACAAAAUAAUUCAAGUAAAAUCAUCUGUAGAAUGGCACAAAGGUGUGACUUGUUUCAAUUAGUUUCCUUCAAAUGCAUUUGAAGCGUGAUUAUGCUUUAAUAGAUGAUCAAAUAUGAUUUAUUCAUAAAUCUUAUUUUCUCUUGAUUUCUGGCAUGAAUCAGUGAAAAUUUUUCACCAUAUAGCAAUACAAAUCCUUACAGAAUGCCAGUUUCAGUUUUUUAAAAAAGCACAGUCAUUAUACCAAAGUAGAAAUAUAAAAGUAUCAGUUGUCAUAUUCAUACCAUUGCACAAAAGAAUUGAGCUGCAAGUAAAUGCAAAUUUUAAAAUAUUUUUCUAAUUCAUGUAAUGCUGUACUUUAAUUUCAUUCCUUAAAGUGAUAAUGAACAUGUGGCUUAUAUCUAUUUCUAGUGUAGCGAUUUCCAAUUGGCUGUAUAUUUUGUUACAGUGAUAUGUUGACUGAGAAGGUGGGAUGAGACCUACCUUGCGUAUGUACUCUGGCAUACUUGUUGGAAAUAAUCAGGGCGCUUUCUGAGACAAAAACUAUGUAUUUUCUUUGCAUUUGCCAUUGUACCUGUCAAUUAAAGAUGCAAAUAGGAUUAAAUAGCAUCCCAAGAAAGGAGUCUUACCACUGAAAAUCUGGGUAUUUGUUUUCCACUUAAUUAAUGGAAGGCCAAAGUGGGUGUUCUUUUUGAAAUGUUAGCUUGAGGGCUCUGACUUUGUCUCCUAAAAGCCUAUUUCAACUUUGCCCCUUUGAACUGAAUUCUUCCUUGUUUCCCUUUUCUUUCUUUC